UUUUUUAUUUCAUUAUCCACUCACUCAUUCAUUACUAGCAAACUGAUGAUAACAGAUUGCUAAAAAAUCCAAGUAGGAUUAUCACAACUAUGGCUUCAACAUCUCUUCUACUUCCACUCAGUUCAAUUUUUUCUACAAAUUUGUCCAAGAAUCAUCAUCAAACAAUUGGAAGAACCCAAAUUCGAAGUGGGUUUACGAGGAAAUGCGUUUCAGUAUUUCGAGUACAAGCGAAUUCAAUCGGUACUACUGAAGAAGCUGAAGGGUACAACAUAACUAAGCGCAGAGACUUAUUAAUGGGGUUGGGGUUUUGUAUGGUUUCAAGUUUCUUGGUGGGUUCUACUUAUGCUGAGGCAGCUGGAUUGCCACCGGAGGAAAAACCAAAAUUGUGUGAUGCUACAUGUGAGAAAGAGCUUGAAAAUGUUCCUAUGGUAACAACCGAGUCAGGCUUGCAGUAUAAGGACAUCAAAGUUGGUGCAGGCCCUAGUCCCCCUGUUGGUUUCCAGGUUGCUGCAAAUUACGUUGCCAUGGUUCCUUCGGGACAAAUUUUUGACAGCUCCCUGGAGAAAGGUCGACCUUACAUUUUCCGUGUAGGUGCUGACCAGGUUGUCAAAGGACUUGAUGAAGGGAUCCUGAGCAUGAAAGUGGGAGGAAAACGUCGACUCUACGUACCUGGAUCUUUGUCGUUUCCGAAAGGUCUGAUAUCAGCUCCUGGAAGGCCAAGAGUGCCUCCUAAUAGCCCAGUGAUAUUCGAUGUGAGUUUGGAGUUCAUACCAGGCCUUGACUCCGACGAAGAGUGAUCAUUUUGCAAUUUUUUCUGUAUUAUUUUCCCCUUGGCGUUUAUGUAUCUAUCAAGCUGAGGAAAGGCUCAUGUAAUUACUUUCAUUAUUUCUACUGCAUUUCUUCUAUUUUAUGCUCAUUUCUUUGCUGUAUACAGUCCAGUUUUGCUACUGUAUCUUAGUUCUUUUAUGUGCUCAUAAAGCAUAUGUACAUGAAUAUUGACAUGACAAAGAAAUGUUAAAAAUCACUCCUCUUGUUUUGUUUC